UUUGUUGUCGAGUGCUCGUUCCCUCCCAACCCCCAAAUGCCCCCUUCGCUCUUCCUCCUCCCUCGAUCCCUGCUCGCAAGAAUCCCCUUCCUUCCACUCUCUUCUCGCGCGCGAGCCCUGACGAUGCCGGUCACAAGGCGCCCUUCGCGAUCCCUCGCAUCCGAGGCCAGGAGCCCCGACUCGAAGCUCGACCCAGGUACCGAAUGUCCUGGUGGCGUAUCUGAUCGAGAAAAGCGUGCUCAUCUGAGGAAGAAGAGGGUGAAAAGGAUUGUUGAAAUCGAUGAGAAGCGCGCCAAAGAAGAAGCUGCUGAUCGAAAAGUGUGUGACCUGAUUGACAUCGAAGAUUUUGCAUAUGAUAAGGUCAACCUAUCUGCGAUCUCCAAUGAUGUAAACCUCGACUCUUCUUUCCCUGCUUCUAAGAGGAAAAGUACACACCUAACUGAUGAGCCUAAAGCUGAUGCACCAGCAAAUUGGGAAGAAGUCCUUGAUGGGAUUAGGAAGAUGAGGUUUGCUGAUGGUGCCCCAGUAGAAACUAUGAGACAUGAGAAGUCGGCAAGUCUUGUGCCACCCAAGGAACAAAGAUUUGCGGUUUUAAUAUCUUCCCUUCUGUCAAGCCAAACUAAAGGGGCAGUCACAAAUGGUGCCGUACAGCGUCUCUCUGAGAAGGGUUUACUGGAUGCUGAUGCUAUUGUCAGAACUGAUGAAGCUACCUUGGCAAGCUUGAUUUAUCCAGUUGGAUUUUACUUGCGGAAGGCCCAUCACAUGAAGAAAGUAGCUGAAAUUUGUCUUGAAAAGUAUGGGGGUGACAUCCCUAGCUCUAUAAAUGAACUGCUUGCACUUCCUGGAGUAGGUCCUAAAAUAGCCUACUUGGUUAUGAUUAUGGGAUGGAAUAAUGUUCAAGGGAUAUGUGUCGAUACUCAUGUGCAUCGUAUUUGUAAUCGACUAGGAUGGGUGUCACGUCCUGGCACAAGACAGAAAACUUCGAAUCCGGAACAAACGAGAGUAUCCCUGGAAACAUGGCUUCCAAAGGAUUUAUGGGAUCCCAUCAAUCCCCUACUGGUUGGAUUCGGGAGGUCGGUGUGUACUGCUCUCAGACCCCGGUGCGGAACCUGCAUCAUAAAUCAUCUCUGCCCCUCUGCUUUCAAGGAAGCAAGAAGUUCAAGUUCAAAAGCUAAAAGAUCACCAAACUAGAGGACUUCAAACAUGACUGAUAGCCAUUGUUUUUGGUCUUACUCUGUUUCUUAGCUUUAGAUCUUGUUGCGGUUGUAAAAGGCCAACAUCUCCUUCAAAUGAUUGUAUCCACCA